GCCGCGCACCUCGUGUCUUUUAUUUUCAGUUUCCGCUCGCCCCCAAUCGCUCACGUCACUCCGUCCGCGCGAGGAAGCGCCCCGUCGUGCUCCGCGACAGACCAUCGCCGCCUCUCCGGGCGGCGGCGGACGCCAGCGCGGUGCUGGUUCAUUUGUGCAACUACAUAUAGAUCCAUAUUCUGUUGCGACUGCACUCUGCAAGAAGACAAUUUUCCAAAGCCGUCUUCUUCUUUUUUACUAGAAUAUAAAAUAAUUUCUGGCCGCCAUCAGAUGGACAAAAGCAACACUUCUGGCUGUGCUGCUGAGGACAUUAUUGAGACUCGGAAUUAUGCAAACUCUAGCCUGAACCCUGAGGCCCUUAAGCAUCAAAGUUUUCCUUUUCCAUACACAUCCCUGUCGGGGGAAAGGAAAAACUUCAAAAGGGCAGCUAACAGGGGAAAGAAAGGCUCCCGAGUAUUGUCAAGUAGAACUUAUCCUUUGAAGUCAUCUGAGAGUACUGUCAGGGUUCUUCGUUCUAGAUCAGUUGCAGAUAAGUCACCUAGUGACGCUGUGCAAACUUCAACAGAAAGAGCCGCGAAGAAGCCACCUAGCGACUCUGUGGACACUCUAGUAAAACCAGCUGCUAAAAGAAUAAAGAGGGAUAGAGAUAGACCCACAAAGGGUGGUCCGGACGAUGAGUUAUUGAAAAUUCGUAAGCGAAUUAGAUACAUUUUGAAUCGGAUGAACUAUCACCAAAGUUUUCUUGAAGCAUAUGCCAGUGAAGGCUGGAAAAAUCAAAGUUUGGAAAAGAUAAGGCCUGAGAAGGAGCUUGAACGAGCCAAGGCGGAGAUCGUGCGGUGCAAAUUAAGAAUACGAGAAGCUUUCCAGAAUCUUGAUCAUCUUCUAACUGUGGGGAAGCUUGAGGAAUCUUUGUUUGAUUCUGAAGGAAAGAUAUCUUCUGAUGAUAUUGUUUGUGCCACUUGUAGUUUGCAAGACGUUACAUUGAAUAAUGACAUCAUUCUCUGCGAUGGAGCCUGCGACAGAGGGUUCCACCAGAAUUGUCUAAACCCUCCUUUACUGACUAAAGAUAUCCCUGAGGGAGAGGAAGGAUGGCUUUGCCCUGCAUGUGAUUGCAAGAUAGACUGUAUAGAAUUAAUAAAUGAACUCCAAGGGACAGAUCUUGACAUUAAUGACUCUUGGGAGAAAGUUUUUCCUGAGGCAGCUGCUGUGGCACACGGGCCUAUGCAAAAUGAUGUAGCUGAUCUUCCAUCAGACGAUUCAGAAGAUGAUGACUUCGACCCCAAUAUACCUGAAGAACAUGUGGCUGGUCACGCAGAAGGAUCAUCAGAAGAGGAUGGGGAUGAAGGUUCAGACUCUGAUGACUCAAAUUUCAUGACUUCUUCUGACAAUUCAGAACACGUGAAGGAGAAAGAAAAAGUUGAUGACCUUGGAUUACCUUCUGAGGACUCGGAGGAUGAUGACUAUGAUCCAGCAGGUCCUGAUUCAGAUAAAGAUAUCAAAGAGAAGCAAGAUGAGUCAGACUUCACAUCGGACUCUGAUGAUUUCUGUGCUGAGAUUAUGAAGUCUUGUAGUAAGGAUGAAGUUUCAUCUGGUCCUAAGGUUGGAGGUCGUACUAAUGAUUUAGAAGGGGCCCCUGUUCGGCCAAACACAUCAAUGUCACAUACCAAGGAUCUUGAGAUUGACCAAGAUGUGAUUUUACCGUCUACGAAACGGCAGGUUCAACGGUUGGACUACAAAAAACUUUAUGAUGAUACUUAUGGGGAAGCACCAUCUGAAUCAAGCGAUGGUGAUGACUGGUCUGGGAAGAGCACACUCAAAGAAGACAAUGAAGAAGGAAAUGAAGUGGAUUCAUUUGCACGCAAAAGCCCCAGGGGAACGCGAGUGGUGCAUCCUGACGGUUUUCAUGGUUUAGUGAAUGAACAACAUGCAGGGGGGCUUACCUCUGACGGCAGCAAUAGUAAAGCUAAGAAAAGGCAUUUUGGUCCAGUAAUUAAUGAGAGGCUAAAUCAAUAUUUCACAACAGACCAAUAUCCUACCCGUGCUGUUAAAGAAAGCUUGGCGCAAGAAUUAGGGCUGACAUUCCGUCAGGUUAACAAAUGGUUUGAAAGUACACGUCACGCAAGAGCAGCUGCUAUGAAAAAUGGCGCUCAGCUAGAAAAGCAUAGCAACAGUAGGAAGAAGAAGAGCUCAGACCAACCUAAUGCAUGUAAAGAGGAAGGUAUCAGGCAAGAUAGUCCAGUGAAACAAGAAACUGAUGGUGGGCAGAGAGCUCAUAUGCCUCCAGAAAGCAGCCAAAGCUAUACUAAAACCUCGGGAUUGGCAGGCUGUCCAAAAAGUGAGUCCAGAGAGAACCAUGAAAAGAAUACCCCCUUGAAAUAUGUUGGAAUGCCAACAGAUGGCUCUGCAGAGGAUCAAAUUCUGGGGCUAGAACCUGAAGAUGAUGGUUCAGACUCUGAUGACCCGAAUUUUGCCAUCCGUUCUGGAAAUUCAGAACCUUCGAAAAAUAGAGAGAAAGUUGAUGACCUUGGGUUACCUUCUGCGUACUCUGAGGAUGAUGACUAUGAUUCUGAUGAAGUUAUCGAAAUGAUGCAAUCAAGUUCAGAUGAGUCAGACUCCAAUGAAUCAAAUUUCACCACCUCUUCUGACAAUCCAGAAGAUGUGAAGGAGAAAGUUGAUGACAUUGGAUUACCUUCCGAGGACUCCGAGGACGAUGAUUAUGAUCCAGCAGGUCCUGGUUCUCAUGAAGAUAUUGGAAAGAAUCAGUCAAGUUCAGAUAAGUCACACUCUUCUGACAAAUCAGAAAAUAGGAAGACGAAAAGGAAAGCUGAUGACCUUGGAUUACCUUCUGAGGACUCGGAGGAUGAUGACUAUGACCCAGCAAGUCCUGAUUCAGAUAAAGAUAUCGAAGAGAAGCAAGAUGAGUCAGACUUCUCAUCUGACUGUGAUGAUUUCUGUGUUGAGAUUGCUAAAUCUUGUUGUGGCCAGGAGGGAGUUCUAUCAGGAGCUAAGGUUGGUGGAGACCGUACCGAUGACUUGGAAGGAACGACUAUUUGCGCUAAUGCGGCCAUUUCCAAUCUCCCGUCCAAGGAUCCUGAAAUGGACCAAUAUGUUGUUUUACCAGUUUCAGCGAGACAGAAGGUUCAGUCUCCGGACAGCAAAAAACUCGCUCAGGCUUAUGGGAAAGCAUCAUCUGAUUCGAGUUACGGUGAAGAGUUGUCGAAGAAAUGCACACCUGAAAAGGACAAUGGAAAAGAAAGUGAAGCAGGUUCUUUCGUGCGUCAGAGCAAUGAAUUCACUCCGCAAAGGUCUCAACAAAGCUUUCAUGGUUCGGUGAAUGGGCAAAAUGCAGAAGAGCUGCUUACCCCUAACGGAAGCAGUACUACAGGUCAGAAGAGACAAUAUGGGCCAAUAAUUAAUCAGAGGCUACAUGAGCAAUUUAAAACAAAUCAAUAUCCUAGCCGUGCUGUUAAAGAAAGCUUGGCACAAGAACUAGGUCUGACAUUCCGUCAGGUCGAGAAAUGGUUUGAAAGUAGGCGGCGUCACAUAAGAGUAGCAUCCAACAAAAGCAGCACCCAUGUGGAAAACCAUAGCACCAAGGAGAAUCCUAAUGUAUGCAAAAGAGAUGCUGUGAAUGAGGAUACGCCGUCGGGAAGUCUUAAUGAAGGUAUCACACAAGAUGGUCCACUGAAACAAGACAUUGGUGGUGGGCUGAGAACAAAUGCCAGCCCUCCAAAUAGCAGUCAAAGAUAUACUACCCCCUUGGUAAGGCGCCCAAAAGGUGAGUCCAGAGAGAAUCAUAAAAAGAAUACCUCCUCAAGCAGUGCUGGAAGGCCAAAAGGUAGCGAUGCAGGGUAUGCAGUUCUGGCUCUUGAAGCUUUGGAUGAGAAAACAAGAAGCAAAAUGCUGCAGGAGCUAAAGAAGAGGAAGAUUGGCUGAUAACGUUUCUAGCUAAUGACUCUGAACUUGCAAGUCAGGCCAUGAUUUUGGCUCCUGCAAGUCAGCUAAUUCUUUCUCUGAAAUUAGUUACCCACAUGGUGGGUGUCUUACUCUGGCGGGAGGCUUGGUUCGAUAAUAUGGGACUCCCGGUAAGGAUCCUUAUACUCCUCCAGAUCGCAAGUGAUAAUCUGAACAAUCUUGAAGUGCCGUCGCAACAGCACACUGUUAUGGUAGAAAAUUGAAGAUAUUGAACGUUUGAUCGUGCCUUGGGCGCUGUUGUCUCCUUAGAUUAUGCUCAUGUGCUGUCAUUGGUUGUGUACAUUGUUGAUAAGUGACUAGGUGGUUCAGUUUAUCGUUCAUAUGCAUUUUCGACAAUGUCAGUGGAUCUCCUUGGUACAUGUUGUAAUCUUCCCGUUUUUGCGGGAAAUAUAUGUUGUACUGUUGGUAAGGAGUAUAUUCUUAUUAAGACUUAUUAUCAUGA